AUGAUCCAGUCUGCUCUGAGGCACUUUUCAACCAUGACUAGUUCCAAUUCAACUUCGUGUUCUCCUUUCACCAGAGCAGUCGUGGACUCAAUGAGGAAACUAUACCCUGAAUGCCUAGCAGAUAAAUCGUUUGAUAAUACCGGCCUGCUUCUGGAAUCCCCAUUUAGUUUUACAAGGCGACAAAAGAAUUCAGUCCUAUUGACUAUUGAUCUGACGAAGGCUGUGGCUAAUGAAGCAAUUGAGCGUGGGGAUUCUAUCAUUAUUGCAUACCAUCCAAUAAUUUUCCGCGGCCUCAAGUCCCUUACGUUAAACGAUCCGCAACAAGACUCGCUCCUCCGUCUUGCCCAAAACGGUAUCAGCGUCUACAGCCCACACACAGCCGUUGAUGCCGCCCCCGGCGGAAUGGCAGAUUGGCUCUUGGACGUCGCCCUCCAACCCAAGUCCAGCCCUAGAGGCACAUUCGCCCCCCACAACCGCUCCGUCAUUUACCCGGAACAAAACCCACCUCCCGGAUUCGAAGCCGCCGGCAUGGGCCGCAUAGCUACCCUGAAGCAGCCCGGCCCCUUAAAAUUGGUUAUCGCGAAUCUCAUGGCCAACCUAGAUAAACCCGACGGCAUCCCCAUUGCUCUGCCACAGGGCAAAGGAAUACUAGAAAUGCCCGACAUCCGCACCAUUGCCACAUGUGCCGGCUCCGGCUCCUCGAUCCUGAUGAAGAACGGGAAACCCGUCGCGGACGUGCUGGUUACGGGCGAGAUGAGCCAUCACGAUGCCCUGGCCGCGAUUGAGAAUGGGGCUGCUGUGGUGUCGCUCUUCCAUUCUGAUUCUGAGCGCGGGUAUCUGAGCGCGGUCAUGCGGGGGAAGCUGGAGGAGGCGCUGCGGGGUGAAUGGGAUGCGGUGCGCGCCCAGGAGGCGGCUGCGUUGGCGGGAAGCGAUGGUGAGAGAGACAUAAGGGAUUGGCUGAGUGAUUCAAACUUUACUGUCAGCGUGAGCGAAAUGGAUCAUGACCCUUAUGAGAUUUGGACUAGUUCUUGA